AUGGAUCCAGGGAAAAAUGAAAUUUGUGAUUUGAAAGAAAUUAUUUUGAACGAAAGUGUUGAUACUGUCAUCCAGGUAUGUAAUAUUAAAAAAAUAUAUAUCUGUCAAAAAAUUUUUUUUUUAAAUAUGAAGCAAUUUUAGGAUCGUACGUUGUUAAGACGACCAAAACGUGUAUUGCAUUUCUCGGAUGGGGAUUUAGAAGAAUAUUCUGAAGAUGAAACAGAUGUACCAUCUGUAAAUACUACAGUGACUCAAAUAGAUCCAACAACUUUGAAUUGGUUACCUUGGGCUUGGUAUCAAACUACUUCUAUUGGUAGUAAAGUGUUAGAUGGCUGUGAUUAUGUAGGUGAAUGGUUAGCUGGCUUUUUUGGAAUAACAGCACCUAAGUAUCAAUUUGAAAUCAAUGAAUUUUAUAGACUUCAGGCUCUUGAAAAUGAAAUUCUACGCAAACAGGAUUUGGAAAUGGGUGGAUGGAAUGAACAUAAUAAGAAUAAUCUUGUAAAUAAUGUACAAUGAAUUUAUUAUUAACUAAUAUUUUUUAUAUUUAUUUAUUAAAUUAUAUUUAUAAAGUAUAUUUUAUGAUUUAUUACGUAUAUUUUAUGAUUUAUUAUAUAAUUUUUAUUGCAAAUGUUGAAAAGUAUAUGCAUAGUUUAAGAAUUAUAAUCAUUCAUUUGAAUUACUAUUAUAAAUAAAAAAUGUAACUUUUAUUUUAAUCUUCUUUUACUUUGUACUUCAAUCUUCUAUAAUUCUGUAUUUCAAUCUUUUUUACAAAACAUCAAAAAUUUAAUUAAAAUAAAUUAAUAUUACAAACAUACAAGUAUAGCAAUUUUGUUUUAAGGAAAACUUAACAAUAAUUGAAGCUUUUGAAUUUUAUAUUAGGUUAUGUAUUAA